AUGUCUCUCCAACUCCCGCCCAUAUUCGCUACGCUUCAAGUCCCGCUUAUCCUCCUAACCAACAUCGCCACCCUCGCCAUCGGGCCACGGCACCGCGUCUUGCAGUUUGCGUUCAGUGUGCCGGUGCUGGGUGUGCUGGUGGCGCAGAGUGUGUACCGCGAGUGGGACCGCGGGUGGGGGCUGCAAUAUGGGCUGAAUUGCUUUGUCAUGUCGGCGGUGAUGACUUGGGUUGAUUGGGUGUUGUUGGAUAGUCCGGAUCGGGAGAGAUGGGUGAGAGUGAAGAGCAACGGACAAGUGGAGAGCAAUGGCCACGCAGUCAUUUCCUCGAAGAUGGCGUCUGCUCCAACCGGGUUCUGGAGCAGACUGUGGUGGGCGGCCCAACUUUCGACCACGAAUCGGUACACGGGAUGGUCGUGCGAGAGCAAGAACGUGCCCGUAGAAGUCGGGCCUGAGUAUCCACGCUUACUUUUCAUCGUUCGCAAGACGCUCCGCGCAGGACUCUUCUACGUCCUCAAAGAUGCGGUGUAUUCCUACACAGCUUCGUCCCCUCAUGGCACAUGGCUCGAAAUUGCCCAUCUUGACCCGGUGAUAUCGUUCGUCCAGUAUCCGUUCUUGUAUCGGUUGAAGUUCACUUUGGUUUAUAUUGUGCUCACGUACACAAGCUUGGAGUUGAUGAACACGCUGUACGGCAUUGUCAGCGUGGCAACGGGACUUGCAGCGCCGAUGAACUGUCCAAGUAUGUUCGGGGAUCUGAAAGGGCUCUACAGUGUUAGAAGGGCGUGGUCCGUCGUCUGGCAUCAGGGAGUCCGCCGUGUCUGCUCAGCACCAGGCAUCUAUCUCGCUCGGGAUGUGCUACGACUGCGCAAAGGUUCCUUUACGUCAAAGUACGUGCAGCUCUUUGCGGGGUUCGGUGUCUCUGCUGUCAUGCACGGUGUUGCAUCGAUGCUGUGCCAUGCAUCUCUCAACGAUGAUCAAGCAUUUGAGGUGUUCCUCUUCCAAGCCAUCAUCAUCUUUGUCGAAGAUCACCUCAUAGAAUUUGGCAAAAAGUGCGGUUUCAGAGACGGGAUGUUCUGGCGCCUCGUAGGAUUCGGCUGGACUGUACUGGCUAUUGGAGCCAGUUUCGAAAGGUGGACUGGCCAGAUCCUUGGCCAUGGUAUUUGGGUGCAUGAUCGAGAGGUCGACCUCUUCGGCAUUGGUCCAAAAUGA